AUGAGCGCAUUGGGCGGUGGCUUGAAGAACAUCGACUGGAAUACCCAUCGUCUAGAGAAAUUUGAGAAAAAUUUCUACCGUGAAGACGAAAGGGUUAAGGCCCGCAGCGAUCGUGAAAUAGAAGAAUUCCGCAGGCUGAAAGAAAUGAAGGUCUCUGGUCGACAUGUCCCUCGCCCAGUCACUACCUUCGAAGAAGCUGGCUUCCCUGACUACAUCUUGAAGACCAUCCACGCUCAGGGCUUUACCGCCCCCUCAGCCAUCCAAUGCCAAGCAUGGCCCAUGGCUCUGAGCGGGCGCGAUGUCGUUGCCAUCGCACAGACUGGCUCGGGCAAGACGAUCUCUUUUGCCCUUCCUGCCAUGCUGCACAUCAACGCACAACCCCUUCUUAUGCCUGGCGAUGGCCCAAUCGCUCUCAUUCUCGCGCCGACCCGUGAGCUCGCUGUUCAGAUCCAACAAGAGUGCACGAAGUUCGGUUCAAAUUCAAAAAUCCGCAACACUGCCAUCUACGGUGGUGCGCCGAAGGGUCCGCAGAUUCGUGACCUUCAGCGCGGUGUAGAAAUCGUUAUCGCGACUCCUGGCCGGCUCAUCGAUAUGCUUGAGACUCAAAAGACGAAUUUACUUCGUGUUACGUAUCUCGUCAUGGACGAGGCCGACCGCAUGUUGGACAUGGGUUUCGAACCACAAAUUCGGAAAAUCGUUUCGCAGAUCCGUCCAGACAGGCAGACACUCAUGUUCAGCGCAACUUGGCCGAAGGACGUCCAGAAACUUGCUAAUGAUUUCUUGACCGACAUGAUUCAAGUGAACAUUGGUUCAAUGGAGCUGACGGCGAACCACAACAUCACUCAAAUCAUCGAAGUCUGCACUGACUUUGAGAAGCGUAACAAGCUUGUCAAGCACCUUGACUACAUCAGCACGCAGAAUGCGAAAGUACUCAUUUUCACAGCGACAAAACGUGUCGCCGACGACAUCACGAAAUAUUUGCGCCAAGAUGGUUGGCCUGCACUCGCUAUUCACGGUGACAAGGAACAGCGUGAGCGUGACUGGGUACUCGGAGAGUUUAAAGGCGGUCGUUCCCCUAUCUUAAUUGCUACGGACGUAGCAUCUAGGGGUCUCGAUGUGAAGGAUGUCGGAUUUGUGAUCAACUACGACUUCCCGAACAAUUGUGAGGACUACAUCCACCGCAUCGGCCGUACAGGACGUGCGGGUCAGAAGGGUAUUGCAUACACGUUCUUUACGACAGAGAAUGCGAAAUCUGCACGAGAACUCGUGACGAUUUUGAAAGAAGCCAAAGCAGAAGUUCCGCCGCAGCUGCAGGAAAUGGUGCAGUUUGGUGGAGGAGGCGGUGGCCGAGGCCGCUUCGGAGGCGGGCGAGGACGCGGUGGGGGAGGUAACCGCGGAUAUGGAGGAGGAGGUGGUGGAGGAUACGGAGGCAAUGACUCUGGUUGGGGUGGCCGCGGAGGCGGGGACCGGUGGUAA